AUGGAGCUGGAAGACGGCACGACUGAUAUCGUCCAUCCCGAAGUUCGAGCCCACAUCAACAGCCUUGUCUCCGCUCUUGGCGGUACGAGUGCCGACGAUGACGGCCGCUACGUUCUGGGCGACGAUGCCCUCGACGUCCUCCGGGAUCUCAAGAAAUGGAUUCGCUACUAUGACGAAAAAAUGAGCCGAAUGGAUGUGGCGCGCUGCAUUGCCGACUCGAGCAUUGUCGAUGGAGAUCUCCUGCACAUUUUAGCGUUGUGGACCGAGAGCGAGUCGGAGAGCAAGUUCAGAGCCAGGCUUGCCCUCGCCUGUCUGGAGGUUAUUGUGCCUCUGACAUGGCCAUUCGACAAGGAUCCCGAGAGGUUGACUGUCAACAAUUACCGGCAUAUUCCUGUUCUCGAGCUAGCGCAGUUGAGGUACAAGCGAGCCAUCAUCAACUACGAUGCCGCCCGGGUCCUACAUACAGCAGUGAGGAUGGCCUUGCCGUCCAUGGCACUUCCGAUCGGAGACAGGUCCCCUAGGGACCAGGGCGUCAUCAAGCUUGUCCUCUACUUCUUCCGGAAUAUCGCCAUGAUCGCGCCACCCCCGGGUGUCAAGUACGACGGUGACGAGACACAAAUAUCUCGUUCCGCCCUUAUCGAUGCCUUCUCGUACCAGGACAUCUUUCUUCUGCUCUUGACGAUUGCAUCGAACAUGGGCGAGGACUUUAGGACAGAGGAUGUCAUUAUAAUGGAGAUCUUGUUCCACCUGAUCAAGAGGGUAGAUGCUGAGAGGCUCUUUAUGAGCGAGAAACAGCAGGACAAGGCAAAAGCGGCGGACCUAGUCGCCAUGAUGAAGAAGGAGGAGGCGCUGCACAAUUCUUUCAAGAAGCAUGCGCCAACUCGCCACAACCGAUUUGGAACCACAAUCUGGGUCAAGAGAGACGAUGGCAAGAUGUCUACCAUUUCUAGCCAGGCGGCACUCAUCGACGCCGCCACUCGCCAGCGCAAGCUCGAUGAAACCAAAUCCUUCAGACCACCCAAAUAUCGUCGGAAGAACGAGGCGGACAACUCGGAUCUCGGCCCAGCUCCCAAGCUUAACACGAGGGCAAGCGAGCAACUAAGGGCGUUCGUGUCCGAGUUCUUAGAUUCCGGCUUCAACCCCCUUUUCCAGCAUAUCCGUCGCUCGAUCGACCGAGAUGCGCAGCACGUUCUCCACUACCAUUCGAAACAGUUCUUCUACCUUGUAGCUUGGUUCCUCCGGGCCGAGCGGGCGAGGCAAAAGGCGAAUAAUAAACCCAAGCCUAGACCAAAUGCUGAAGAGGAGAAUGAAGUUAGCCCCUUCAGCCUCGUUGCUGGCGUUCUGAACCAGGAGAUGUUUAUCGCCUUGCAGAGAUCAAUGAGGUCUGCGUUAGACAAUCGGAGCUGGGGGGACUUAAUUGCAGUCAUGCGAUGUUUCACGCAGAUCCUGCUGACCGUUCAGGACAUGACGGCUACGGGCAAUGAGGCGGACGAAGAGAUUGCCGAGAAUAUCUUGAGCCGUCUCUUCUAUGAAGAUACCGUCCACGAACUCGUGACUAGCGUAGUCCGGAAUUACAACCAUCAAGGGUUCGAAUUCCUAGACGCCUCGACCGAGUUAGUGCACCAUUUCGUGCGUCUCCUCGAGGCUUAUUCCAAAAGGAACGUUGAUAUGCAAGUCCGGUCAAGGAAGAAGGCGCGCAAGAAGAAGCGGGAUGCCGCUAAGGCCGGUACCGAGAACGACGACGCUGACGACCUCGGCGGCUCCGACGAAGACGAGCAAGAGGCGCAGAAGACGGUCUCUGAACGAAAGUUCAGCUUCCAGGCUUUCACGCAGCGGUUUAUCCCUCAGAAUGUGGUGGACACGUUUGUGAUUUUCCUCAAGCACUACAAGGAGCUUAACGACGACCAGCUCAAGCGAGUUCAUCGGUACUUUUACAGGCUAGCUUUUAAGCAGGAUAAGGCGGUGAUGUUGUUCCGCGUCGACAUCAUUCAUCUUCUUUAUAAUAUGAUUAAGGGCCCCGAACCCCUUGAUAGGGGCUCGAGCCUGUAUAAGGACUGGGAAGAGCUCAUCAAGCAGGUGUUUCGCAAGCUGGUCAAGAAAUUCCAGGAACGACCUGCUCUUGCUGUGGAAAUGCUUUUCAGCAAAACCAACGAAAUUGCCCAUUACAUCGAGACCGGUGCGAGGAGGGAGAAAAAGAAGGCGAACCCCCGACCGGCGGCGGAGUUGGAGUUUCGGCAGACGGAGGAGCUGGACAAGCAGAUUGGCAUUGUGGUUGGUGCCCUGCUUGACAGAAACGAAAUCGAGCACAUCUCCUGGGUGAAGCGUGUCCUCAGGGCCGCGGAGCAGGAGAGGAGAGAAUUUGCGGAGGCUCAAGCGGCUCUUCCUUCAGUUGAGACGGACGCGGGAGAGAAUAACGGGGAGGCUGGACCCCCCGUUGAGCCACCGAAGGAAGCCAAGGAGGCUCCUUCUUACACUGUCAGCGCGGAUAACGAAGACCGUCGUAUGGCUAUGUUGAAGGACCCCUAUCUCCGCCUUCUGAUGAACACCGUUGGAAUCCGGCGACUAAGCCCAGGCCUCGAGGAGACCCUCGAGUCCAUCUGGACCAUUCCGUCAGACGUCACUGCGGACCAGCUCAAGGAGUACGUCGAUCUCAUCAAUGCGGCCGAGUUCAACCCACCCACGUUUGAAAACGGCGAGGCGGCAGAGAAGCAGCUGCGUCGGAAGACGAACCGUACGCGCGCCUACGUCUCGUCUGACGAGGACGACGAGAACGAAGAGCUCUUCCCGGCCGGAGGCCCAACAGCGCGUCGGGCCAUUGACGGCGAACAGCGGCCAAAGAAGUCGAGGCGGCACAGGAGGAGAAGGAGCCAAUCGCCCGACGAGGCCGAGCUCGACGAACGAGCGCGGAAGAGGAAGGAGAAGGAGCGCGAGCGGCGGUCGAAGAUCAAGAGCGAGAUGUACGUGUAUGACAGCGACCUCGACAGCGAGGCGAACAGGGAGUUUUUCGCGCGGGAGGAAGAGCUGCGGCAGAAGAAUCAGGCGGUGGCGGAGGCGGCGGGGCAGGCGAUUCCGGGCAUCGUGCCGGCGAAUAAGAAGAACGGGAAGAAGAGGAAGAAGACCAUUAUGGAUGAUGACAGCGAGGAUGCGAUGGAUAUAUCGCAGCGAUCGAGGUCAAAGACGGCAUCGAGUGAUGCCGGAACGGAUGAGGAAAAAGCUUCUUCGGACGGCUCUGAUUCUGAUACUCGAGAGACGCCCCUUGAGUCGAGUUCCAGACGAGAGGGUGGCCGGGGUAAACGUAGGAGAGUGUCCGACGAAGAACUGUCCGACGCUGGGCCUCCUGAGGAUGAGGAGCUUCCGGUCUGGGCUGCGAGUAGAGAGCCGGCCGGCGACGAUAAGCCAGAUGAAGACGGGGAUGUAGGGAUGAAUGCGGCUGCUGAGGAUGAUGACGAUGAUGAUGAUGAGCCGAUGCCGUCGGCGAGACCGAGAGCACGGGUUAAAGGUGGAUUUAUUAUUGAUAGUAGUGACGAGGAUGAAUAA